GUCACUUGUAUAAAAAAAAUUAAACAGCUGCUUUGCGUUGUGUCACUUGUGUCAGUCAGUUGUAAUUUCUUGUAAAUCUUGUGUUUAUGAUAUUUUUACCAAUUUUUGUUGAGAUUAUUAGGAUUUAAACUGAUAUAAAGGACAUUUUGUGGACAGAUGACGUUUGGUAAAGAUUCUACCUUGAAUUGGAACACCUGUUUUGAGAGCAAUGGCAAUUAUUUCUUUAAAAAUAUGACGGAAAAUAGGAAACGAUCUCGAGAAGAUGACACCUGUGAAUUUAUGCCGUUGUCGAAGCGAAUUAAUAAUCUUCAUAUAAAUAACAAUCUUGGCACUACAAGUUUACCACAAAACACCAAUUCUAGUCAAGUCAAUGGAAUUAACAUGGAAUCUGGUAUUUCAUCUCCCAGUUCUUCAUCAGACUCUGAUAGAAGACCUAGCUAUGAUCCUGGCAUAAAUUCUUCUCAGAGCAAUUAUUAUUAUGAUAAUAAACUACUAUUUGAAUUACAUUUGGAAAGAAUACAAAGAUCUGGACAGCAAUAUCCAUUUUAGAUGUACUCUAGUUGUAAGUCCUGUGUACCUUUAUAUUAUUAAUGUGCCCACUGUAUUAGAGUGUAUUAAAUUACUAAUUUAUAUUGAAAAAUAAAUGAGGAUUUAAAA